AUGCCGUCUCGAAAGAGGAAGAACCAGCCCUCGGCGUCGCCUCUACCAGCAGCAAAACGUCGUGGUACAGGACGCCUAUCCCCUCAGUCCGAUGAGAAAGCCGACGAGGGCACGUCAAGUGCUUCUCCCAUUCCCACCUUUCAAGUUACCCCAUGGACAGAUCGAAACAUCCCAGAGAUUGUUCGGUCGUUUCCCCCUUCCACAAAGAGACAGGCAAAGACUCAACUGGCGUACCACUUGCCACCCAUACAUAAGCUGGAAGACAUCUUCAAGAGUAUCACCCGCCAGGCAGUGGAUCUGGGGUUCGGAAAAGUCUUGCAUCAUCUGGAGUCAAGACGUCUGCGUGUUGUGACUGUGUGCUCUGGCACAGAAAGUCCAUUACUUGCUCUAGAGAUGGUCCGAGAUCAUCUCAAGGCUUCUUUUGGACUCUCUUUUGAGUUUCACCAUCUCUUCAGCGCCGAAAUCGAACCAUUCAAACAAGCGUACAUCGAAAGAAAUUUCCAUCCCAAGUAUAUCUUUCGCGAUGUGACGGAUCUGAAUAACAGAGUAGCGUAUACCGCAUAUGGCUCUCUUGCGAAGAUCCCUAAGCAGCCUGAUAUCUUGAUCGCUGGAUUUUCUUGCGUUGACUUUUCCAAUCUGAAUAAUAAGAGGAAGAAAGAGCUUGAUGAGAGCGGGCAGUCCGGAAACACCUUUCUGGGGGUGUACCGCUAUGUGCAGACCUACCGGCCUCCACUGGUCGUCUUGGAGAACGUCAAAGGCGCACCGUGGGCAAGUAUCGCCGAGCACUUUGGCCGAAUCGACUAUCUGGCUAUCCACGCGGACGUUGACACGAAGGCCUUCUACCUGCCCCAGACCCGCGAGAGAGGAUACAUGUUCUGUGUGGACACAAAGCGCCUGAAGGAACAUGGAAUCCCAGAGUCCGAGAUGACAGGAUGGUCCAAGAUCCUCGAGUCUUUCAAAAGGCCCGCCAGCUCGCCCGUGGGCAUGUUCAUUCUCGAUAACGAUGACCAGAGACUUGAGCAGAUCGAAAACGAAAUGGCCGGCCGCGCUCUGUUCUCCACCCGGAAGGCUGCAAAUUGGACCAAAUACCAACUUCGUCAUCAGAGUUAUCGUGCGCAGGAGGCGCUUGGCUACAGACGUCCCAUGAGCCGGUGGCAGGACAAUGGCACCUGUCUGUUGCCCGACUUUGCUUGGAAAUCAUGGGCCCAGACCAUGCCGGAACGCGUGUGGGAUACCUUGGAUGUGAACUUUUUACGCAAGCUCCAAUCCGGAUAUGAUAUGAACUUCAAAGAACGUCACAUUGAACUGUCACAGGGCCUGGAUCGGGAAAUGGACACCCGGGCCUCUGGUAUUGUAGGUUGUAUUACCCCUACGGGAAUCCCCUACAUAACCACAAGAGGGGGACCGCUCUGCGGACUUGAAGCGCUCUCCCUGCAGGGCCUUCCGCUCGACAGAUUGCUUCUUUCAAAGGAAAGCCAGCGCGAACUACAAGAUCUAGCUGGGAACGCGAUGAGCUCGACUGUUGUCGGGUCCGCAACGCUGGCAGCUCUCAUCAUUGGACAUAGGAUCUUGGAAAAAGGAAAGCCGCAGUUGGGAAUGAAGAAUAGUCGCGCCUCGAAGCAGUUGGCGCUUCUGCAGAACCAUUUCGAGAUGACUGAUUUCCCCCUGCAACCUGACAAGGUGGACCACUUUGGCCUCGAGACACUCCAAGCAGAGGCCGCCAAAAGCGCAAGGCGCUGCACCUGCGAGCGCCAGUCGACCAUUCGCCAUGGAGCCAUCGUCCAGUGCAGACUAUGUGGCCACACUGCCUGCGUGAGCUGCUGCGGUAACCCAACCCACUCGUUUGAACGUCUGCCCUUAUUACCGCGGAGUGAGCCGUUGACUUUUGUCAAGAGCUUGAAAGAGAUGCUGCCUAUGCGUCUCGUGCUGUUGGAUAUCUUUCCCAGUGAUUUUGCGCUGUUUCAGAGGUAUACAACUUCUCACAUCAGUUCUGGCAGUUGGACCAAAUUCUUGGAGGCCAUUUCUAGAGCAGUCGGUGACGAGCUCCGGUUUUCACACGUCAAAAGAAGCGAGUCUUGGAUAGCAGUAUACAAAGGAAGGUUCUCUGUUCUCCAGUUUGUGAUCAGCACCGAACGAGCAGAAUGGCUCUUUUUCGCAACGCCUUCCGAAUCCGAACCCGCCGCCUCUCUGAUGCGUGAGAUAUUGUCCAAACCUAUCGCAAGAAUGUCGCCCACAGGCUCAUUACUCCACGGUCACUGGGAAAUAUGUGGUCCGAUCAGCUUCAAAACAGGCGUGGCGAUAACCGGGUGUGGGACUCAAGUGGCCUCGGUCGAAUCCAAAUGUGGUCUUCAGAAAGAACACCAUGCAGAAUCCAAGGUUUGGAGUCAUCUGAGUAUUGAAGGUGUCGACCAGCAGCUGGACGAGCUUGAGGUCGAUAUCCGAGGCACGUAUGAGCUGCUCCCGGACUGUGGUACAGCCCAGUCCUGUUUGCAUAAGAGAGUGGCGGCCAUUGAAGAAACAAAGACAGCAGCAGCAGCAGCAGCAGCAGCAACAUCCUCAUCGCCAUCACCUGAUAUUUAUUUCUUUUUGGACCCAACCAAGCUUGGUGAACCUGGAAAUGAUUCCUUUGUGUUUUCCCUUGACCACGAACGCAUUUCUGGAUACGAAUCUAGACCAGUCAUUGCCGAACUGUCUCACGAAUGGCGCUCUUCAAGCUUGACGGAUGGUCAGACACGAAAGAUCAAUGUGUAUUAUCGCAAAUGGGUCAAGUGUCCGCAGGCUGUCCUGAAACCAGACGACCUCUGCUCUCAACUACGUUGCUGUAGUCUCAAACCACAAAAACCAAUCAUCGUCGGCGAUAUGCCUUGCCGUGACUCUAACAUCACACUCCUCUCAUUUUCUGCUCCUGCUGCGAUGUUUCAGCACUUAUGGGAAGAAGGGAAUUGGCAAGUCACUAAUCUUUUGGACUCUUUGACCUUGCUGCGCGAUCUUUCUUGGUUGGUACAGAAGGCGGCAGCAUUGCCUGGAUUCCAAGAUUGGCAACAAGUCACUCUCUCGACUGAGAUUGGAAGUUCUGAUACCUGCACGAUAUGUGUACCUCAAACGCCCCGAAUCUGGUGGGUGAGAGACAAGAAGAACCGUCUGAAGGCACAUGAAGAUCCUCGUGAUGCGGCCGUUUAUGAGCGACAGAUGAAAUCAAGACCUCCUGCCUUCUUGGUAUUCCGUCGUGUUGGAGAAGAUGGAAUUGGAAUGUUGAACAUGACACUCAAUGUGCAGACACUGCUGCAUCAGGCUUACGGCCAUCUGGUCAAACCGACUGACCAUAGCAGCGCUUGUUUUUUCUGGCGGCUCGUUACCAAUGCUCCAGACCUGAGAAAUUUCGUUUUCCCUCCAUUGGAACUUUCCAACAAUCAGAAGAAUGGCACAUCGAACCAGCCUCAAGGCUUCAAGAAACAUCGGUUGCGCCCAGAACAGCUGCGUUCAUUGGAGUGGAUGAUCAAGCAAGAAAUAGAGGACAUCGCGCCGUUUCAAGAGGAAGAGACAGAAGAAGCGCUUUUCCCUCUCAUGCUGUGGCGUGCUGAAGCAAAAGUCAUUACACAGAAAAUUGUUCGCGGAGGCGUACUUGCCGACGACGUUGGAUACGGAAAGACGGCUUUGAUCCUAGCAUUGAUUGACUCCCAAGACAAGAAGAAUGGGAUAAUAUCUUCACAGCGGCCAAUGGACGACGGCCUUAUUCCGACAAAAGCCACUCUAAUUGUGGUUCCUCCGACGAUUAUCGAGCAAUGGAACUCGGAAAUCAUAAAGUUCUUGGGUACCAAAUACAAGGUUCUGGUUCUGAAAACCGUGCACAAGGUUGGCCAGACUCGAAUUCAUGAUAUCCUUGAGGCAGAUAUUAUCUUGGCCAGCUGGCAGUUGUUCACCAGCAGUACCUAUUAUGAGAAGAUGGAGCUGUUCACCGGAGUGCCGAAUGCCCCGAGGAAGGAAGGCCGCAACUUCGACCAUUGGUUUAAUGAUUCUCUCAGAUCCCUGAGAACCCGAGUCAGGACACUGGUCAGCGGCGGCCCCGAUACCCUGAUCCAGUCCAUCAACCUGAAAGCCCAACCGGCUGAAGAGGGUCAAACAUAUGAUGACCAGUAUCGGAAGGACAGGGAAGAGGAAGCAUCAGCUGAAGCGAUGGACAUUGAUGAAAAUUCAGACUCUGACUCUAGCGACGAAGAUGACGACCAGAGGAUCAGGGCCAGUGUCGAUCGGUAUCUCUUGAUUCGUCGAGCUGGGACAGCCUCGCGAGUAAAAGAUAAUGCUGGCCCCAGGGGUGGCAUCGGGUUCACCAAUGAGAAGAAAUCUGAAGACUAUAACGAAACACAGUCUGAGAAGAGAUUGAUCGAGCUGUUUUCUAGCCAGUUCGGUAUCGAGGAUGGGAGCGGCCUCCCUUGGAGUGCCGUCAAGACGCCGCUCUUCCAUAUGUUCUCCUACAGCCGUGUGGUUCUCGAUGAAUUCACCUAUGUCGAUUCACAGCAGCUCCUCCCAAUCUGGUCACUCGAGGCACGGUGUAGAUGGGUUCUAUCUGGCACGCCACCAUUGAACAACUUUGCUGAUGUGAAGACCAUCGCGCCCUUCCUGGGUGUUCAUUUGGGAAUCGAUAACGACGAAGCUGGUUGUGCGCAGAACAGCCGGACCAGAAGCCUUCAUAACGACCGUUCUGAUGCGGAGCGAUUCCAGUCCUUCCACAUCCCUCGAAGCGAGGCAUGGCACCGCCAUCGACAUGAAGUCGCGCAAACCUUCCUCAACCGCUUUGCUCGCAAGAAUGUGGCCGAUAUUGACGAAAUUCCUUGCAUCGAGCACUUCGCCCUAGUGCCAACCUCAUCGGCGGAGAAGGCCGUCUACCUCGACUUGUAUCAGGCGUUAAUGGCAAGAAACCUUCAGAUCCGACGGGGACACAUUGGAAUCUUCAGCAACAGCCAAUCCAAGCGGCUGGACAGAAUCAUCUGCAACAGCGAAAGUGCAGAGGAAGUACUGUUGAAACGUUGCUCGUCCUUUGCGUACCAAGAAGGCAAGGAUGCCGGUAAACUGGAAGGGUGCAGCUGCGAGUCUAUCAUCUUUGCACGGACGGCACACCUUGAAGAAAUCAAGGAAGACCUGAAAGAAAAGCUCAAGGCUGCAGCAUGGCUGUACCGGGAAUGCGGGCAGACACACGCACAUUUCGAUAAAUUGUGGCGGAGCGUAAGCAAAAAUGACUUUGAAGACGAAGAGGCCACAGCAGAGAUCUCCCCACUGUUUGAUGACGCGGUUGAGAACACACUCGCAGAUGACUGGAUGAUGUUUCUCCGGGAGCUGGAUGAGGAAGGGGAGAAAGUGAUGAAGGCCAAGCCGACGAAAAAGGCGACAAGGGGAGGUGAAGACGACAAAGAGGAAGAGGAACCUCAGGUGAGUCUGCCAGUGAGGCCCAAGGACGCGGACGGGCUUUCUCGCAUGCUUCGCGAAAUGACCACGAACCUUCGCACCCUCGUCGUCGAAUGGAUCCAGGGAACCCGAACGCUACGCCUCCUCUCCGGAAUCCUCAGCCUUCAGACCAGUGUGGUCCUUCCUUACUGCGCCAGCUGCGGAGCACAGCCAAUGUCUUUCGAAGAAUUGAACAUUCUCGGCUCCUGUGGCCACAUCCUGUGUGCAGUCUGCACAGAACAGACGACUCAAAACGAAGAGUGUCAGUAUCCCGGCUGCCGCGGCUCGGGACGGUACUUCAACGUCUUCAGGGCAUCGACGCUGGGCCGGCAAGAUACGGAUCGAACCCACGUUUAUGGCGGCAGCAAGCUGGACGCGCUGGUCGAGCUUCUCCGCGAUAUGCAGCGGAUUCCAUCCGACGAACGAGCCAUUGUUUUCGUCCAGUUUCCGGCAAUCCUGAGUAUGGUUUCGACGGCCCUCGAGCUGGCGGGGAUCAAGUACACGGCGAUCUCGUCGACAGGGUCUAAGAGUAAAGAUCCAGCGAAACAGCUGAAAGAAUUUCAGACGACAAGCAAAGUGUUGGUUUUGAACGUGGGGACCGAGUCGUCUGCGGGCCUAAAUCUCCAGAUCGCCAACCAUGUAAUCUUCUUUUCCCCCUUGCUCGUCAAAACAGCGUACGACUACGAGUCCGUGAUGACCCAGGCCAUCGGCCGCGUCCGUCGCUAUGGCCAGACUCGUACAGUCCACGUCUGGCACCUGCUGGCGAGCAUGACGAUCGACGUGAACAUCUUGCAGGACCGGCGGGGAAAGCUCCUGGUCAAGCUCGACGGCCAGGUGUGCUUGGUGGAUGAAGAGGAGGCGCGAGAACGCAGCUGCGAGACCUUUGCAAGUCCAGAGCUCGUUCUGGAUAACUCCCUCUGA